AUGCCACCAAUUCGUCGUACUGCACUGCAAAUAGCGCAAAAUCAAUAUGAUACACCGUCACAGCAUUCAAAUGUUGCACAACGCUCACGCCGCUGUCAAUUAGCACCACAUGAGCGUGUUCGAAUUGUUGAAUUGAAAGCUAUUGGAUGGUCCUAUUCAGAGAUCUAUUCACGCUACCCUUAUAUUCCAAUUGGAACUAUUAAAACUACAAUUGCUCGAGCUUCUAUACGAGGCCCAACUCAAGCUACAUUAGCACGUUCUGGUACACCAAAAAAGCUUGAUGAAACAGAUCGAUUGAGGUUACUUCAAGCAAUUUCAGAGAACCCACGAGUUAAAUAUGAGGCUCUACUAGCUGUGGUUAACUUUAAAGUUGAUCGAACAACUGUUUGGCGACUCCUCCAAAGUGAGAAUAAGAGGAAAUGGCUUCAACUUCAACGACCUGAGUUAACCGAUCAACAGGCGCGUCAGCGACUCGCUUGGGCACAUCGAGUCCGGGAUUAUGACUCUGAAAAGUGGAAAAGAAUCUUCUGGUCCGAUGAAACUACGAUUGAAAGAGGAAAGGGAGGACGGCGAGAGUGGACUUUUACACCACGAAACCGCCAAAUUGCGGAACGAGAUGUCCAAGAAGUCUCAUGUCACAAGGCUGUAAAGCAGAUGUUUUGGGCUGCUUUCUCAGGAACAGGCCGUCGAUCUGGGCUUAUUCCGCUCUUUGGAGAUUCAAAUUCUCCUAAUGGAGGGGUUAAUCGGUUUGUUAUUCUAGAAUUAUACCAGCGUAUACUCCCAACUUUGUUGAACGGAGUUGAAGGUGCUGUUUUUCAACAAGACCGUGCUUCAGUUCAUACUGCACACGUUGUACGUGAUUGGAUAGCUGAUCAGGACUACGAGAUCAUGAAAUGGCCUCCAUAUUCCCCAGAUCUCAGUCCAAUUGAAAAUUUAUGGCCGUUGUUGAAAGCAAAGGUGUAUGAUUUACACCCUGAGAUUCGACAAAUGCCAAAUAACGACGAUACUAUCCAGUUUAUUAUUGGUGUAGCACAGCAAGCGUGGUCUAUGAUUGAUAUAGACAUACUGGAGAAUUUAGCUAUUACCAUGCCACAUCGCGUACAGCAAGUUAUUGAAAAUGAUGGCUGGUAUACUAGUUAUUAG